UAAAUUUCAUUCCUGUAAUGGAAUCACUGGUCGCUUUCUCUACUGUACUAUGGCAAACCGCACCCAUUCUACUCGUAUAUUUACAAGCCCUGAAUGUGUGGUUCUAGAAUUUCUCUUAAGUAUACUCCAGAGACUACUUCUUUGAUGAUUUUAAAGACUACCGUUUAAAUGACCAAUGAACUCGAAGAAACGUGUUCGAAUCGAUCACUGUGCGUGUCUGUAAUUGUCGCCGAGGAUUAAUAUUCGGAGGGGAGCUAGAUAAGCGAGUUUUCUUCCCAGAGUUGGCGCAUGUACUGGCGCAUAGAGCAGGAAGGGGGUGAAGCCGAGGGCAUUGGCGAGGGAGGGGGUGGUUUGUUUGGCACCCCUCCGCCAGUACCACAUCGACUUCCACCCCCAUCUAUGUCAUCGUAGGGAGGCCCGACGGACCCAUACGAAACAUGAAUAUCAUAGGUGCCGUUGGAGGGGACAAUGAUGACGCCGAUGACAAAGAGAAGGAGGAGGAGGCCGAACGAGAACGGCAGGAAGCCAUCCGGGAGGCGGAGGAAAGGAGAAAAGAAAAACACAGGAAGAUGGAAGAGGAAAGAGAAAAAAUGAGACAAGAAAUAAGAGACAAGUAUAAUAUUAAGAAGAAGGAAGAAGUGAUUGAACAGCCUCCUGAAGAACCAGCAAAUCCUUUGAUGAGGAAGAAGAAGACGCCUGAGGAGCUGGCACGUGAAGCGGAAGCAGAAGAACAAGACGAGUUCACAAUGAUACAAGAACUGAAGAACUCUAUAGAGACACAAGUGAAUGAAAUUAAGACCCAGAUAGAAAGCAGGUGCAGUCUUCAGUGAGCACUCCACCAUUAUCAACAUUGAAUACAUGAAGAGACUUAUUUACAAGCAUUUGUUAUACAUCAAAAAAGAUUUUUUGUUUUUAUUAAAAUGUAAUACUGUAAAAUCAUUUUAAACGCUCCACGCUCAUGGGUAGUUAUAAAAAAGAAAAUGUUAAAUGUUUUGUAUAAAAAAAAAAAUUAUAAAAUGGAGUCAUACAUUUGCAGGUCUUAAGUAUUUAUAAACAUGUUGUUGGUGCCUUAAGCAGCUGAAAGAUUUAUAUUUUUUAAAUCUGAAAAAUUGCUGCUAGCAAAAAAAUUUAAGUACUUAGCUGACAUUUUUCUGAAAUUUUCAUAUGCCGAAUAUUAAUUUGAAAUCAAGUUUUCAACUUGAGAAAAUAGUCGUGGUGAGAAAUUUUUUAAAACAUCAGUUACUGCCAAUGAACUAGAGACUGAUAUUUAAAAUAUAUUUAAAAAAAGAAGAAAAAAAGAAAGUAGGUGGGAAGAUUUUUGGAUAUUUUUCAAUAUUGUUAACUACUUUGAAAUGUGAAAACAUUCAUUUGUCAGCUUUUCAUCAUUUUGAUUUAUAAUUGGUUGUCUUUCCAAAGAAUAAGAAAAAAAAACAAUGCUCAAAGAUUGACUAGAGCGUGGAGCGUUAUCUUGUAUCCAACACCGGAAGAAGAAAGAAAAUGAAAACAAAAAAUAGAGUCCGUUGAAGCUUUCGCCAUGUAGAAUAUAUGAAUGAAAUGGUAAUUUACCUUGAGUGCAAGAGUUUGAGUGCCUGUAAAAAAUUAGAUAUAAAAAUUAAACAAGAAAAAAUUUUGUGAUACAUUUUAAAUUGUUAAACCUUUAAAAAUAUAAAGAAAAAAUGAAUUUGAAAGAAAUUUCUUUAUCAAAUAACAAAAUCUAAGAAAAGUACAAUACAGGAAACCUCAAAUUUCAUAGAUGUGAUUUGUCAUUGUACAACGAUAAAUGUGGUAGUUUGUUAAAUAUAGAGUUUAAAUAAAAACCUUAAGAUGUCAGUUCAUUUAAGGCUCAAUAAGUAGUAUUUGUUUUUUGGUCAUUGUUUUUAAGUUUCAAAGUAAGGGGCCCUCACGCCGAAAAAUUUGUAUGGAAAAAUUUAAUAUCAUUCCAUGUACUUUGCCUUAAUGGAAUCAGAAGUAUGAUUGUUGUGUCUCCAUGUAGGUUUGGAUGUUUUUGUUUGUUUUGGAUUACCCAUGUUAAAUUAUAUAGAUUUUAAUAAACUUACUUGCAUCUACAUGAUGAUCUUUAAGUAAUCUAUAGCUGUAUGUAUAUAAUUGUUAGGAAGAUUUUAAUCCACAUUGUUUUAAUAGUUUUGAAAAUAAGCAUUGCAAAAAAAUAACAUGAAAAUAAUACAAAAGGGAUCGGGCAGAAGAACGAUAUUUGUUAAAUUUGUUGAACACGUCUUUUUGUCUGAAACCUUUUGAUAAAUGUAGGAUUUUACUGUCUCCAAAUGUACAUAAUGUGUGUAGUGAGUGCACUUCCCCGUUUUAAUAAUUUUCUUUCUGUGGCUAAUUACAAUUUUAAAUUAAUGAUUUAAUAAUAGAAGAGUAUAUUUAAAUAAUACAUUUUUUAAUUACCAAAUCUCAAAAAAGUAUAUUUUAAUUGUUGAAUGAGAUUAUAAUAAAGUGUUGUUCCAACCUUUUUACAAGUCCCCCCUCCUUGUUCCCCUCCUUUAAAAAAGUAAAAGUGGGCUUUGAAGAAUAGUCCAGAAGUCAAAAACAUUGUGAUACCAGUUUUAAAGUGCAAAAAUAAUUUUGGUCUCUUUACAAUUUCUAUAGGCCUAUUCGAAAAUCUUUCUCUAUUAUAUUGCAUUCUCUAAUAUCUCCUUGACUUUCUUCUCUAAUCUUUUAGAUGUGGCUUCGCUUUGAAUG